AUGUCGAUGCAUCCAAGCUAUCCCCGUAAUGGGAGUUAUCCACGCCAUUAUUAUCCCUCACCUCCUUCCAUGCACAAUGCUUCAGAUUCCGGAUAUGGUUCUACACGAGGAGAGAUGGGUCCGCCAUCAUUAGAUUUUCCACCUCAACCUAUUGAGAUUGACCUGAGUAAUUCGAGGACCCUUCCAAGUCCUUCCCCUUCUUCUUCGGUUGCUUGGGAGCCAACAUUGUUUCCUUCUCCUCAUGGAUUUCCUGAUUUGAAUUCCCCAUAUGGACCAAUUUCUAGGAUGCAACAACUGCCAAUGGAUCGUGCGACAGGCCAGGCUCCAUUACUCCAAUGGUAUGCCGAUAAUGAUGGACCUUGGUACCCCAAGACAAUUUCAGACCCCAUCUCUGAGGAGAGAACAAAUAUCAAGGUUCGUUCAAGUAAUCGUGCACCCGUUGCUUUUGGAGGGCCGUAUCGUCAACAGGAUCCCUUGGAGAAUGGAUCCUUUCAUUUCGGUGGCCCACCACAAUCAGAUUCUGGAUAUGAAACCAGAAGGAGCCAUGGAAAUGCUUCAAUCUUUAGCUCUGACAUUAAUGAUCGCGAUCAAGACUGUCAAAGUUUAGCAGGUCAUGUUGCAGACUAUCAGCCUUUUCAGGGCUUGAAUGAAGCAUUGCAAUCUCGCGAGAAUAGGACACCCGAAGCAUGGCCAACACAUCUUCCGGCUUCUAUCAACUCGCCAGGUCUGUUCUGUUCGACCUGUCACAAAUCCGUAAAAACAAAAUCUGAGUUGAAGAAGCAUGAUUUACGACAUAAAAAGCCCUUUGUGUGUAAUUAUCCAGGUUGUGGAAGAACUGAGGGAUUUAGCACAACCAACGAUCUAGAUCGACAUACAAAGAGCAAACAUCCCUUAGCUACAACCUCGAAGGCGGAGUCGAUAAAAAAAUACCGCUGUGUUGUACCCGGGUGUAAGUCCAAAGAUAAAGCAUGGCCACGACUCGACAACUUCCGUAGUCACUUGAAACGAGUUCAUUCAAACGUCGCUCGAUUGGAAGAGAACUUUGAGGAGAUGAUACGACAGGCUGAAUUUCUGGAACCCUCAGGUUUGCCUCAAGAUGCCCAUCUUUCUGCAGAAGUGUCUACCCACGAUAUCUCGCACAACAGGGAAGUUAACGAAUGUUCACCAAAAGCCCAGGAUAUCAAAUCCAAUUGGAAGCCCGUCUAUCCAGACUUGAUCCAGGAUUUAGUCACUCCAACGGAAAUUCCAAUGGAGAAACCUCUCGUCGCGGAUGUGAAUCCCAGUGACACUGCUAUCCCUGGACCGAACAAUCCUCCCGCGGAUCCACAUACUAGAGAUACCAUCCAACCAUCGGAAUUAUUCCGGAAUCCAUCAGAGGUUGUUAACAAAAUCUUUUUGGAAAGUGAUAUCUCAACCCUAGUGGGUACAAAGAGUGCAUUGGAUCGUAAUCUUGAUCAUGUAAGCCGUGCCCCGGUGGAGAGAAAUCCAUUACCACCUGCAGGUAAGGCAACUCGACACAGUAGCGUCUCAGCCACCGAUGCGACUAUUACCGAAGCAAUUAGAACCGCAUUAGCAGAGGCAAAAAAUACAUCAAACGUUGGUGCAUUGCCGAUGGGACGGAAAGUUUUGCCUAAUGGAAAAUCUCCCCCCGCUGAUUCCUGGGGAUCCACAACAGAUAAAGCUGCAUGCUUACUAGAUGGAUUUAAUAAGUCCACUUCUUCUACAACAGAUGAUUCCCUGGACCAGGAAAAAGCCGUUGAGGUUUAUAAAACCCUUCAAAAGUUAGGUUACAUUAUUCAAAAGGAUCCAAAUCAUACACCUCGGAUACAAAACCCAGGAUCUGCCGCCAGCAACAAGAGUGAGAACCAAGUCACUUGUGAGGUUUGUAAAAAGUUCAAAGGAAGACCUUGCGAGCUAAAGAAACAUAUGAAACGGCACGAGAGGCCUUACGGCUGUACUUUCUUGGCUUGCAAUAAAACCUUUGGAAGUAAAAAUGAUUGGAAACGACACGAGAACUCGCAACAUUUCCACCUGGAGACCUGGCGUUGCGACAAUGAGAAACCCGAAGGCGGAGCAUGUGCGAAGGUCUCUUAUCGUCGUCAAACCUUCCAAGAACAUCUAAAGAAAGAACAUGCUAUCAUUGAUCAAGAUGCUGUUAAGAUUAAGGUCGAUGCUUGUCGUAUUGGCCGUAAUUGUCAGGCUCGUUUCUGGUGUGGUUUUUGUAAGACGCUUGUUGAUCUUAAGAAAAAGGGUCUUGAGGCCUGGACAGAAAGGUUUGACCACAUAGACAAUCAUUUCAUGGGGCGCCACGGACUUCAAAAACAAAGCAUUCAAGAUUGGAUUCCAGUUGAUAGUGACAAACCCAAAGGCGACGCCGCCAGUCCAAAUCCUUUAGGUGGAUCUUCACCUAAAGAUGACCAUCAGGAACAUUCGAUCGAUUCUACAGAUGACUUUGGUAAGAGCUCACUAGAAUUUGUCGGCAAUAAAGGAACCUCAUCUGCUUUGGUGGGUCAAGAGCACAGAGUAUCAAAGAAACGAGAACGCAACGACGAUGAGAAUGACAGGCCAUCGAAAUAUACAAAGAUUGGGGAGAUUGUUUAUUGUUGUCAUUGUGCAGAUGAUCUAGGACGUACUCUUGCUCUUAGUCCCAAGUGUACUUCCUGCAGUCAUGAUUUUUGUAACGAGUGCAAGAGCGAUUCGAUUGGUAAUUGUGAAGGUCAAAAAGUCUGA